AUGAAUCAUUAAAAUAAAAAAUAGAUCUAAGUUUUGAAUAAUCAUAACAAUAAAAUUAAAGAACUUUUUAAAUAAUAGACUUAGGUAUUAUUGUUUGAUUGUCCUGCUCCAAAAUCAUUAAAAAAAAUAGAAAAGAAACAUUUUUAAUUUAUGAUUCAAAAAGGUAAAAGAAAAUAGGCAGUAGAACUUUGUGCAUUCAGAUAAAAGAAUGUAUAAGAAUGGAAUUUAAUAAAUGCAAAAAUAAUAUAAAGUAUGGAAUAAAUUAAUAUAAAAUAUUAAUGUCCAACUUUUUUUGUGGAUGGUAAAUCAAUAAUUCAUUUAAUUAAUUCUAAAAGAAUCAUAACAUUCUCUGAUGUUAUUAAAUGCUUAUUAAACAAAGAUGAGAUUAUUUCAUAUUUAUAUCCACGAUUGUUUGUUGGACAAGAUGGGUAUGAAUUAUCAAUAAUAACAGCUUAGAGCCAGCAGCUGAGAAAAUUUAGUCUACAUUUAAAGGAUAUAUAUAAUAUAAAAGAUUUCAAUAAUUUAAGACAUUAUAUAAAAGUGCUAUUUAUAUUUAAAAAUUUUUUAAAAGAAAAUAAUUAAAGGAAUCGACAAAAUAAAAAAUAUUUAAAAGGACAAAUUAAAUAUUUUAAGAAUUUUAGAAAAGAUAAGAAAUUUUUUAAGUAAUUAAAUAGUAAAUAAUUAUUUUAGGAGAAUUGGAAUUAAUAUAAGUUGUAUCAAAGAGUAGAAAUACAUCUAUCAUCAUUGUGUUAUUCUGAAUAUCAAAGAUUGAAAAUGAAUAAAUUUAUUUAAAAAGAAAAUUCUUAAAUAAGUAGAAUAUUUAGAGCUAUAGAUACAUAAGUGGAAAUAAUAUAUGUAUGUAAAUAUGAAUAAGAUAAAGAUAUCUUAAUGUACUAUGAAAGAGUAAUGCUUAUAAAAAUAAUAGAUGUUUGA